GUUGAAGUUGGUUUAUUUUGGUCGGAUCGUAGAGUUGGUAUUGCUAUGCAGAGAUUCGGCAGUUGAAUCCGGCACAACUUCGGAGACUUGAGUGACUUUUGUGCUAGGCUAUAUUCAUGUUUUGCAAGGGUAAACUGAAGCUUAAAGUCACUGCUCGUCCAAUUCAAAUGACUCAUGUGAUUUUGUGAGGUUGUCAUCGUGGGGUUGCAUUCUUCAAGUGCCGCAAGAAGCAGCUCAGACGGUCCGCACCCAGGUGAGCUUUGCUGACAUUCGUGUCAGGAUGGCGCGAACCAGCUGGUACGAGAUGACCUUCACAUCAAAUGCCGAGACUAUGGAGGAAGACCCCUUUACGGCUACCCAAGAGGCAGAAGCAAAUGCAACAAGUGCUCAUGAGGCUCAGGAAGCUCAUGAAGGGGACGAGCCAAGAGACACACCGUUUGACCUGGCUAGAGAUGCACGGGCCUUGCAUGAAAACGGUACAUGUGAUCCAUGUGUCUUCUUGGCUUCGGCUCAUGGAUGUUCCAAGGGGUUGGACUGUGAAUUCUGUCACCUGCACCAUCCAGAGGCCAAUUCUUCCAGCUUCACCCGCCCAAGGAAGGAGCGUCGCAUGAGGAUGAAGCGGCACAUUCUGCAGCAUCUCCAAGGACCCGAUCCAGAUGAAAUGCAGCAAGCCUUGCAACGAGAAGCUCGACGCAGUCCGUAUAUGCGCUUCAUCAUCCCAUCCCAAAUCAAUCUUCAUUUGGGGGAGCCUACACCUGCUUCCACGAGUGAUGAUAAUAUGUGAGGCAACCAUCGUCACAAAUCAGUGAGUACCUCUGUCAGAUCCAGAGCAUCUCGGGGGCACUCUUGUAACACAGCGUUCCGACUUUAACAGUUUUUGUCUAUCCAGCAUCAGCCAGGCCCACUGGCCGGCGGGUAAUAUGACGUUGACCAGGGAUUCGCACAGCAUAGUUGAAAUGAAUGCAAUUAGCUUGUUUCAACCAACCAUGACAGGAGAAAUGAUUAGCACAGCAAGGCAACAAGUCAUAAGCGAGAUCCUGAGCGUAGAAAUCGACCUUCCAUGUCUUUAGGUGGCCCCUUUUGGAGCCAGACCAAGAGGACCCGAGUCACAGCUGAGGUGGCAAAGUUGUUUGUCCAGAUUUUGUGACUGAUUCUUCUCCCGGCGACCGAACAGAGCUGCAAUCUAUUUGCGACCGAACUGAGCAGAGUGAUGCUGAAACUCCUCGAUCGGCGACUUGUAGAGGGGCCGAUCCGAUCUGGGUCGACACAGACAUCAGGGCUUCGACGCAGCCAAUGACCAGUCACACCUCGGUGGAACGCACAAGAAUGUCAUCAAACAUUUGCUGGAAUCACGCGCAGGGAGGACAAAAAGGAGCCAAGG